AUGUUGAAUUCGUUUGUCGUUCAGCUCUGGUCGCAAAUGCAAGACUUAGACAGCAGCCUCAGUGACGCCAUCUCAUCUGGAUCAUUGUUCAAGGCCUGGACCAAACAUGAUCUAUGGCGACUAUUCCAUGUCUUUCUAACACGACAAGGUAUGUAUCGACACACAUUCAUCGUCAACCAUCUUGAGCAAGCCGAGGAUGGCGGGAGGUGGUUUCUUGACAAACUACGGGAGUUGUCGGAUACUUCAGAAUGGCCGUUCAAGUUUAUCAUCCUAAGUUCUCCUCAUGAAUGCCUCGAGGCAGCGCUGAAAGACUAUGAGGGUAUGAAUCUCGACUUGCUCAUCCAGGGUUCUGCGAUAUCAGGUCACCGCGAAAACGGACUCAUGGUUGAAGAGCAACACGUGCAUGUCCCUUUAGAAACAGAGAAUGCAGAGUCGAUGCCGUGUAAUGAUAUCGGAAUGCAAGACGGCGCCACAAACUAUGUGAGAUCCCCUCCGGGCCGAGCCACUCCACCACGGGCCGGUUGGUCAACCGAAAAGCUUAUUCUAUCACGCUCUAAGACCGACACCGCUCAAGCGUAUCUGGACUCCAUAUCUGAGGAAUGGCGUGCCUGGACUCGCGACAUCCUACACCUCGUUUUGUUUGCACGGAGAUCGCUUACCCCUUUGGAGCUCGGCGAUGCACUGUCCAUUCGUCUCAAGCUCAAUAACAACUCGACAAAGACCUACCCUUGCUCCGAUCUGGAGAGAAGCCUGGGCGAUUAUUUCAAGGACAUUCUUGUCAUCGCCGACGAUGAAGUUCACUUCAUUCACCAAUCCCUCAGAGAUUGUCUUACAACCUCACUUACUUCCAGCAACGACAAAUGGUACAGUAUCAGCCCAAGUGAUGCGAAUCGGGAGAUUUUUGACCUUUGUUUCCAUUGUAUCGGUACUCGGCCGCAUACGCAAAUUGAUAUCAGCUUCAGCGGUUCGUCGGCGGUGAACUAUGUCAUUCCACCCGACAGGUCAGCUUUUCAGUCAUAUGCUGCAAAGCAUUGGCCGGCACACUUCAAUGAAGUCCAAGCUGACCGUCAUCCACUCUGGUCCGCUCAAGCAGUUAAGAAAAUCAUGGAUCUCUUUGAAGACAUGGAGACCUUUCGAUGGCUCUCUCAACAUUAUUGGCACACUUCAAACCCCUUCCUGAGGCCUGACUGCUCGUUUUUAAGUCCACUGCCGAUUGCCUCAGCCCUGGGCUUAUGCGUAGUGGUAACUUACAUGCUGGAGAGGGAGCGGCAGUCAUCAUUUUUUGAGACGGACUGCGGCCUGGCUCUCGUGGAAGCGGCAAGGUGCGGCCAUAUGGAUGUAGCUAUGCUCCUUGUCAAAGCUUGUGUUCCAUCUUUGCCAGUCCUCCAGGAAUCUGUUCUGAGAGCCGCAUAUGGCGACCAUGAGACUCUCGCACAAUACCUCUUUACGCAAACGAAGAUACGUGGGCCGGUUCAAUGGAGCCCUGAAAUCCUGCAAAGGGUGGCAUACCUGGGAUUUGCUGAGAUGGUGAAGAGUCUUUGCGAGUCUGGGCCAGACAUCCACAUACCUAUCGGCCGUCUAACAUCGCCACUAUAUCUGGCAGCCGUCAACAACCAAGUCGAAGUAAUCAAUCUUCUGCUAGACCAUGGCGCCGAUAUCGAGGUCGCGGACGAAACCGGCCUAACGCCAUUAGGAGGAGCAUGUCUUUCCGGUCAAGACGAGGCGGUAAGAGCGCUUCUUGCUCACGGCGCCAGACUAGAUGCCAGAGAUUCCUCCCACAACCGACCACUUGAAAUUGCAAGCAUGCUUGGAUUCCAUAAAGUCGUCCAAACGUUGAUCAACAGCGGUGCAGAGCUAGGUCCUGACAGGGAAACCCCCAGACCGGGACUGGUUAGUGCUGCUGCCUACGGAUUUGAGAAGUGCGUGCGAGAACUGCUAGACGCCGGUGCGGACCCGAACAGGGAAGGCCCUUACGGAAAUGCACUGGUAUACGCGGUCGACGAUGGCAAAAUUAGCUUAUGCAAACUCCUGAUCGAAAGGGGCGCAAAGGUUAAUGGGACUAACCCAAAGUUCCCGAUUCUGAAUGUUGGGGUGACACAAGACAGCAUUGAGAUGGUGAGACUUCUGGUGGAAUCCGGAGCUGACAUUGAAAUCGAGGAUGACGAUGGUGAGUCGCCACUCACUCUUGCAGCCGGAUUAGAGUCGAAGACCAUCACAGAAUACCUGCUGGAUCAUGGGGCCGACGUUAAUCACGCAAAUAAGUGGGGAGAGACGGCAUUAUUUAUUGCUGCAAGAGAAUGCAGGACGGAGACUGUGCGGGCCCUUCUCAACGUACAUGAUGUGGAUGUCAACACCGCUAGAGUGAAACAUUCCUACGCACCCAUUCAUUCGGGUGUGGACUCGGUGGAAAUAAUCGACAUGUUGCUGGAGAAAAACGCCAACAUAAAUGCGAUGUCUGGAAGUGGGACGCCCUUGUACCUGGCUUCCAAACACGACUUGAAAGAGACCGUGGAAUGCCUCUUGUCGCACGGCGCUAACACCGAGAUCGAAUGCGAUCUAGUGGAUGAUACACUCUGCAGGACGGCAUUGUCGAUUGCCGUAGAAUUUGGAAACACAAGCUCCAUUCGGCUUCUUCUCGAUGCAGGCGCUAACAUAAACAAACCUAUGCAAGACGGGGUUUCGGCUCUUGCUGCUGCGAUGCACAUAGGCAACGAGGACGUCCUGAAAAUGUUACUUGAAUAUCAGCCACGGUUAGAUGCUAUCGAUUUACGGCACAACACAGCACUCAUCAUGAUGAAAGACAGCACCCCCCUGUCAAUGGUGAAGCGACUUGUCAGGCGCGGAGCCAACCUAGAAAUUGCAAACGACUUUGGGAUUACACCACUGAGCAGAGCCAUAUUUUUAGGCCGAGCCGACAUCGUGCGGUAUCUACUACUCAAGCACGCAAGGGUUGAUGUCCAUCUCCCGAACAGCGGAAGCCUACUCCACGUAGCCUGUCGCAGCGGCAACCUGGAGAUUGUGAAGAUGAUGACGGAGCACCGCCUUGAUGUCAAUGAAAUAUGUGACGAACGUGGCGGUACGCCACUGCAGUCGGCAUUCCUUGGACUUUGGUAUAAGCCUGUCGCAUCACAAAUGGAAAUUAUCGACUUCCUUGUCCACGAGAAGAAAGUGGACUUGAACGCGAAUGGUGGGUUCUACGGUUACGCUUUGAACGUUGCUUGUGCUAUUGCCCCUGCAGAGACAAUUAACAUGCUCCUGGAAAAAGGAGCUCGACUCGAUGUGGAGGAUUUGAUGGGACGCCAUCCUAUACACUUUGCAUCGUUACGUCCAUUGGAAUUUCUCUUGACACUCAUCAGACAAAAUGCCGAUAUAUCUGCAAUGGACAGAGUGGAUAGGACAGCUCUCCAUUGGGCAAUUAUUGGAGGGCACGUCGAGGUCGUUCGCAGUCUACUGGAAAUGUCAAAUAUUGGUGUCAAUUCUCGAGAUAAGGACAACUGGACACCUCUGCUUUGGGCAUUGAAAAAUUCGGGUCAGUGGAUAUUUCAUCAAGUGACGGAAACAAAGAGUGAAGCGUCCACCCCGGGUUCCAAGUCAGACGCUGAAUCGCAAAGAAGAAAGUAUAACGAGGCCCAAGAGGUAAUGGAGAGGCUUUGGGUGCUACAUAAACCGAACAAGUCAGGAUUGCAUGUUGGAGAAAACGGCAGCGCUCAAGAGCAGAUUGUACGGCUUCUUCUGAGUCAUGGGGCCAAGGAAUCAGUAUAUGGCUAUUUUCGAGGUCAGAGGUGGUCGGCAGUGGCGAUCGCGAUGUACCAUGGAGCGUCAGACCGAAUAUUAGGCCUCAUUGCUCCAGAUCCGACAUAUACCUCCAAAAAGAAAACGGUCCAUUCCAGUGGUUACCGCAUCCAACACUCGGCGCGCAAAGCGAAAAAACAGGACAUAUGGUGUGAUUCGUGUCUUCUUGAAGUCUGGGGACAUUGGUAUCACUGUAACAAAUGCUUUGACUUUGAUUUGUGCUCCAAGUGUUACGGCUGUCGUAGCGAUUUGCAUCCCGGUCACACAUUUUUGGAAAAAGGCGACGAGUUUGACGAGACUAGCGAUGAGGCAGAUGAACUUCGAGGCGGUAUUGGGGUUGACCAAAAGACUGGAGAGGUGUCGAGUCUGUCGGACGUGGGCGGGGAAGGUGUUGAGGAACUGACAGGGAGUAUGAUGAAAGCUAUAGUAAAUUCAGACUCUGUCGCUGAUGAGGAAAAGAAGAUAUAA